AUUGCUUUUGAUUGCGAUGGUCAAAGCACCGGCCAAGCCGGCGUCCGUCGUCGGUGAUGUCGUUCGCAAGACACUCAACCUUCCCAAGACGGACUUUCCCAUGCGCGCAAAUGCGACAGUUCGUGAACCUCAGCUGCAUGCACGCACAGUGACAGAGCUGUACGCGACGCAAGAGAAGGAACGCAAAGGCGUUGCCAAGACGUUCUAUCUUCACGAUGGACCGCCGUUUGCCAAUGGAUCGCUGCAUACCGGUCACUUCCUCAACCGCGUGCUCAAGGACAUCAUCAACAGGUACAAGUUGCAGCGAGGUUAUUAUGUGCACUACGUGCCGGGUUGGGAUUGCCACGGUUUGCCCAUUGAAAUCAAGGCCCUGGAGAAGCUCAAGCAGCCCCGCGAUAAGUUGGACCCCAUGGACAUCCGAAAGCAUUCGAGAGAGUUAGCCCUUGGCGCGAUCGAAAGCCAAAAGCAGGAUUUGAUGCGUUGGGGAAUCUUGGCCGACUGGAGCGGCGAUAAAGGCACGCGAUACCUCACGAUGGACCCAGAAUAUGAAGUCAAACAGUACGACGUGUUCAAGCAAAUGGUGAAGGACGGGCUCAUUGUCCAAGGGUACAAACCGGUCUACUGGUCCCCUUCGUCCGGAACAGCGUUGGCCGAGUCGGAACUCGAGUACCAAGACGACCACGUCUCGUCGUCUGCGUACGUCCGCUUCCCCGUCAAGCACUCUCCCGUCGCGUUGAAGGCCUUUCCAAACAUUACCGCUGUCAUAUGGACGACCACGCCAUGGACCAUUCCUGCGAACCGUGGGCUGUGUGUGCGGUCCAACUUGGAAUAUGCGAUCGUGGAAGUGGCGCCUGGCCAGCAUGACCUGGUUGCAUUGGCCCUAGUCGACUCGUAUGCCCAGACCGUGCUGCACCAAGAACAUGUCAAAGUGGUUGCGACCGUGUGGGGCAAAGACCUCACUGGCGGCGUAUUCCGCCACCCGCUCAACGGCCAAGAUUCGAUCGUGUUACUGGGCGACCACGUCACGACCGAUGCAGGAACGGGCAUUGUCCACACGGCGCCGGCUCACGGCCAAGAGGAUUACUUUGCCUGGAUGGCGCAUCACGCCCAGCACCACACAGACAACUCGAUGACGUGCCUUGUGGACGAAAAAGGAUGUUACACCGCCGAAGCCGGCGCGGACCUUGCGGGGCUCUUCGUCCAGACGCACGGCACGGAAAAAGUGUUGGAGCAACUCACGGCAUCUAACGCCCUCGUGUCCGUCUCCAACUAUACCCAUCGCUUCCCGUAUGACUGGCGCACAAAGAAACCGAUUCUGCUCCGCGCGACCAAGCAGUGGUUUGCCAAAUUGGAUUCGCUGCAUGCUCUGGGCCAUGAAGCUCUGGACAACGUCAACAUGCAUCCGAAAGCGUCGCGCCGCCGCCUGGAAGCUACCUUGUCUAGCCGAAGCGAAUGGUGCAUAUCCCGCCAACGCGCUUGGGGCGUCCCGAUUCCAGUCUUCUACGAGAAGGAUACGAUGGAGCCCCUGCUGAACGACGUGACGAUCGCCCAUGUGCAAAAGGUCAUGCUCGAAAAUGGAGGCACGGACGCCUGGUGGUCGCAGCCUGUGUCCACGUUACUCGCGCCUGAGUACGACCCUGCGCAAUACGUCAAGGGCACCGAUACGCUCGACGUCUGGUUUGACUCGGGAAGCUCGUGGAAUGCAGUGCUGCCAAAGGGCGUGCAGGCCGACAUCUACCUUGAAGGCUCGGACCAACAUCGCGGGUGGUUCCAAUCGUCGCUCCUCACGUCUUUGGCGGUGCAGCGCAAGGCACCGUACAAGAACGUGAUCACCCACGGGUUCAUCCUGGACGAACGAGGCCAAAAGAUGUCCAAGUCGCUCGGCAACGUGCUCGUACCGCACGACAUCAUUGAAGGCCAGCCGAAGAAGAAGAUUCCCCCGUAUGGUGUGGACACAUUGCGGUAUUGGGUCGCAUCAACGGACUACACAAGUCAAGUCGGCAUUGGGCCCAACACGAUGAUCAAGAUCAGCGAUCAUGUUCGCAAGGUGCGGAACACGGCACGUUUCCUUCUCGCCAACUUGAACGACUUCGACCCUCGCAUCGACUCAGUUGCGUACUCGGACAUGACGUCGCUGGACCAGUACAUGCUCCAUGUUCUCCACGAUCUCCAAGCGGAAAUCACUGACGGGUACGAAACGUUUGCGUUCAAUAAAGUGCAGCAGGCGAUUGCGCACUUUAUUGCGACGGACUUAUCCGCGUUCUACAUGGAAGCAUGCAAAGAUCGGUUGUACUGUGAAGCUCCCGCCGAUCCGUUCCGCCGGUCCGCGCAGACGGUGCUUGAUGUUGCUCUCGAAACCAUCACGAAGGCAAUUGCCCCAGUUGUGUGCCACACGGCGGAAGACAUCCGUCUCCACCGCCUGGCCCAGUUUACCAACGCCAUGUUGAACGAUGUCCCAGGAAGCGUAUUUUUGGAAGGAUGGUUCGAGCCUAAGGUAUUCGAUGGAUGCAAGGAUGUCACGUACAUGUUCAUUGCGACCAACCCAUAGCCGGAAUGGCGAAACGACGAAGUGGCGGCGGCUUGGAAAGUGCUUCGAUCUCUGCGAUUGCAAGUGAAUCGCACCGUGGAACAGCUACGUGAACAAGGAGCGAUCAAAACGACGAUGGAGUGCAACAUUGACAUUUACGCGAAUGGCGAACUAGCGGACCUUUUGAAGCAAGUGAACUCGCGCAUUCUCGAAGAUAUGCUGAUGUGCUCAGGAGUGAAGUUGUUUGACCUGGAUGCUUCGGCUGGGGAAACAACGACAGUGAUGGACAAGUACCCUGUCCGCGUUGUUGUUCGAGCAGCCGAAGGGCACAAAUGCCCACGUUGCUGGAAGUACGCCUUGGAGGUGAACGAGACUCAAGAGACUCUCUGUACCCGAUGUGCCACGGCUGUUGGAUGCUCUAGUGUGCACGAUCUUGCCGACUAGAACCGUACGAGGAAGGUUUAAUCGACAGCAAGAGUUUUGCAUGCUUCUCCCGUAUCAGGCGCUACUUCACGUCAACAAAGCCCCCCUUGAACAACGGCUCAUUCUCUGAAGGACUCUUCCUUUGCAAUGCCUCAUCAACUUCUUGAGAGGAGAGGAAGCCGAUGGAGUACCUAGCGCAUGCCCCAUCGAUCAAUUGACACUCACCAAGCUGGUGUUUG